GUGAUACAUGUGGGGUACCCUUCUUUCCAGGUCGCCCUGAAUCCAUUUGGCGGCAAAUAAUACUGCUCUACCAUCUCUCUUUCCUAAUCACUUGGGACAUCCCCUGCCUCAGCUCAUGUACCAUUUGAUUCCAACCGAAGACGACGAGACCAGGGAUGAAGAUCGCACCGUGAGCGGAUCUGUCAGAGACCAGGACAGAUUCAUGUGCGACGGCCCUUCGAAUCAGAAGAAGGGGUUCUUCCGGUCCAUCGCCCAGCGGUUCAGGGCCCUCAAGCCCUCCUUCCUCCGUUCCAGUCAUCCUGACUCUUCAUGUAGAACAAGAACCGCUGCUGGAGACUCGGGACCCACCAUCUCCGGAUUCCACCUCCCAAAGAAAAAGGACGAAUACCUCAUCGACACACUGUUCUGCAAGCGUCUAUGGAAGAUUGCAAAGAUCCUAUUUAGUAAGCACUGCGGGAAACAAUCCAAGGUCUUCUGGCUUUAUCUCAGCAUGACUCUGUUCUGCAUCGUGAACGAAGGUAUCGUUUAUUAUGUGGGCACCAUUCCCUCGCGAUACUACAAAGUCCUGGGCGACAAGGACUCGUCUGCUUUCUGGAAACUGCUGCUCACCUCGCUGACAACGGUUUUUCUAGCGGGAUUUGGCAAAAGUGGCAUCUUUCUUCUGGGCAGUCUGUUGUCCUUGGAGAGCCGAAGGUCUUUGACGCUAUAUUUUCACCAGAUCUACAUCCGACCAAAGCUCUUUUACAGAAUCUUGUUCAUGCGCGACGAAGAGGUUGAUAAUCCAGACCAGCGUAUCACACAAGACAUUGAAAAAAUAUCAGAGUCCAUUAGGAAAAUGGUCGAGGAUUUGAUUAUCAUCCCUUUGCUCAUCGCGUUCUACACCUGGAAAUGCUGGCAGAUGACGGGAUAUGUCGGACCACUGUGCAUCUAUGGCUAUUUCAUUCUUAGCACGAUUAUCAGUCGGUUGUUAAUCAACCCUAUUGUCGAUGCCGUCUUUUAUAAAGAAUCGGCAGAAGGUUACUUCAGAUUUCUGCAUAUGCGUUUCCGUCAAUUUGCGGAAUCGAUCACUUUCAGUCGUGGAGAGGGCGAAGCAAAAGACCGUGCAGAUGAAUUGCUUGAGGUUUUACUCAAAACACAGCUGGACGUUAUUUACAAGGAGCUGCCUCUAAAAUUCCUGCAGCAAAGUGUAUCAUACUUUGGAUCGAUCCUAAGCUACGUAAUCAUCGCCAUUCCCAUCUUUUGGGGUAGCUAUGAUCACUUGCCUCCUUCGGAUAUUUCGGCUGUUAUCAGCAGAACCUCAUUCGUCUCAAUGUACUUGACAUAUCUGUUCUCCAAGAUUAUCCAAUGUAGCACGGACUUUUCCGACCUCGCAGGCUACACGUCUCGACUGGGGCAGCUUAUGGAGGCGCUGGAUGAACUUAACACGGAGAUUGAGACCAUUGCAAUCGAAUUUCCACACGAGGAGGCCCUGUCGAUGGAUACCUCCAUUCGGUUCCGAAAUGUGGCUUUCAAUACGCCCACUGGAGACCUUGUCAUGUCUGAUUUCAACUUCAGAUUUGAAGCUGGACUUAAUACCAUGAUUGUGGGACCCAACGGAUCUGGAAAGACAUCUCUUUUGCGCGCAAUGGGUGGAUUAUGGCCAGUCUCGAGAGGCGAAAUCCUUCUUCCUCAUCGAUACCGCAAGGAAGUGAUUUUCCUGCCUCAGGUCUCUUACAUGACAUAUGGCUCCCUCCGCGAGCAGCUCGUGUAUCCAUUCAGCGAGACCGCCUCGAGUAUGUCGGAUGCGGACGUGAUUAGGGUCCUCAAGUUAGCUCGUCUUGAGAACGUCGUAGAUUUGAUUGAUGAUUUCGACUAUACAUACACGCUGGACUGGGGCCGAAUGCUGUCGCCAGGUGAAAUGCAAAAGAUGGCGUUUGCACGUCUCUUUUACCUUCGGCCUAUGUUUGCAAUUUUGGACGAGGCUACUAGCUCUAUGGACACUGACUCGGAGCACGAGAUGUUUAAACAAUGCCGCCUCCUAAAUAUCACCUGUAUCACAGUGUGUCAUAACAAGGAGCUAGAGAAAUACCACCAACAGAAGAUUUCCCUUGAGAACCGAGGCGUUUGGUCGUUUUCUCAGAUUCAAGAGAGCGAAAAUCAGGACAGCCCCGAUGAUCAGGACGACAAUGGCUCGAAUACGCGUCUGGGUUCCGGAUCACAAGUGGAUUUGAGUUUGCCACAAGAUGAUACCCCUCUUCAGACGACUGACUAUUAAAAAGAUGUGUGAUACCAGAAAAGCCAUCAAGUUCGGGGUUGUAUUUCCAACUUUAUACUGGAUUUCCUCUGAACUUGCUUGGUAGAUAAUGAUUGGCCUGAAGCAAAAUUGUUCGUGAGUACGGACAAAUAUCUCUCAAAGGACACGCCGGAGAUGUGUGUGUACGGAGGAAUGAUUGUCAGAG